AUGUUUCUUAAACGAUACAAUUUAUCAUGUGUUCUUGCUGACGAUAUGGGUUUAGGAAAAACACUUCAAACAAUUUGUGUUCUUGCUGCUGAUAUUGUCGAGCGAAGAAAAGAGAAUUUUGAAAUACGACCAUCACUUGUUGUGUCACCACCAACAUUAACUCGACAUUGGACAAGUGAAAUGAAUAAAUUUGUUAGUGACGAUAUUCUUCGACCAUUACUUUACUCUGGAAAAAAUUUAGCUGAACGUGAAGGAUUACGAAUUAAAUAUUUUCAAAAUCCAAAAGAAUAUACAGUUAUUGUUGCUUCAUAUGAUGUUGUUCGUAGUGACAUAACAUUUUUUUCAACUAUUCCAUUUAAUUAUUGCGUACUUGAUGAAGGUCAUGUUAUUCGAAAUUCUAAAACAAAAUUAUCGAAAGCUAUUCGUCAGAUUUCAGCAGCUCAUCGUCUCAUAUUAUCGGGUACACCUAUACAAAAUAAUGCACUUGAACUUUGGAAAUUAUUUGAUUUUCUAAUGCCGGGUUAUUUGGGUUCAGAAAAACAAUUUAUUCGUCGCUAUCAAAAACCAUUAUUAGCUUCAAGUCGUGAUCGUGAUCUCGAAUAUGGACAAUUAGCAAUGGAUGUUUUACAUAAACAAGUUAAACCAUUUAUGUUACGUCGUUUAAAAUCAGAUGUAUUAGAUGAUUUACCACCGAAAAUUUUACAAGAUUAUUAUUGUGAUUUAAGUUCAAUACAAUGUAUGCUUUAUGAAGAUUUUGCUAAUAAAACAAAAGAACAAGUUAAAUAUGUUGAUGAUGAGUCAACAAAUCAAAAUGGAAAUUCUUCAACAGGUCAUGUAUUUAAGGCAUUACAAUAUUUACGUAAAUUAUGUAAUCAUCCAUCAUUGAUUUUAACACCUGAACAUCCAAAAUGGUCAAGUGUACAAAAUGAAUUAAAAGAAUCACAAAUCAACUUGAAUGAUAUUCGUUUAUCAGGAAAAUUACUUGCUCUCAAAGAAUUAUUAAUUGAAUGUGGUAUCGGUGUAUCAAAAGACGCUGUUGUAUCAACACAUCGUGCAUUAGUUUUUUGUCAAAUGAAAGUAAUGAUUGAUGUAAUUAUUAAUCAAGUUCUUGGAACAAUGGAUAAUGUUAGUUUUCUUCGUUUGGAUAGUUCAAUGAAUGCAAUUGAUCGUUAUAAUACAGUUAAUUUAUUUAAUUCAGAUCCAAGUAUUGAUCUUUUAUUACUUACAACACAUAUUGGUGGUCUUGGUUUAAAUUUAACUGGUGCUGAUACAGUUAUAUUUGUUGAACAUGAUUGGAAUCCAAGUAAAGAUCUUCAAGCUAUGGAUCGUGCACAUCGUAUUGGACAAAAAAAAGUUGUUAAUGUUUAUCGAUUAAUAACACGAAAUACAAUUGAAGAAAAAAUUAUGAAUCUUCAACGAUUUAAAACAAAUUUAGCUGAUACAGUAUUGGCAUCAGAUAAUAAUUCAUCGAGUUUAUUUAGUUUAGAAAAAGAUACAAAUUUAAUUGAUCUUAUAUCAUUAGGUGACGAAACAAAAGGACAAUCAUUAGUAAUGGAUAAUUCAACGAAAAAAUCCAAUACAAAUAAAAAACAAACAUUAAAAACAAUACUUGAUACAUUUUCUGAGCAAGUUGAUAAUGAUGUUGAUUGUUAUAAUGAUGAAUAUAAUGUGAACAAAUUUAUUCAACAGCAAUAA